CACACCAAGCACCAGUCCACACGAGAGGCACUGGCACAGCGGCCUCUCCUCACGCCCGCCCUUACCGCCCCGAGCCGCAGGAGUCUCCUUCAGGGGGACUUCACCCUUCGCAGAGGUCACAGGUCUGCCCAGGUCCCCGAGAACUGCUUCCCGCCAGCUUCCAGACCACGUCACAAGGCAUGAAACUGCCACCUAGUGUGCUGCUGGUUGCUGACAGUGACCCGGGGGCCCAGCCAGGCUGGCAGCGUCAGUGGACGGUCCCGAGAGCACGGCUGCUGGCGCUGGCUCCGGCCCAGCUGGCUGCGAGCAGCCCGUUAAUGCUUCUGGACGCGAGCGGUGGCGUGCGCAGCCGGCGCGCGGCCUCGUGUAGCCGGGGCCCCGCAUUCUCUCCUGUUGUUCAGGGCUGCACACGACUCCUGAUUCCUGCAGACUCUGUGCCAACCCGACUCCAAAGAGGCAGAUUUUCUUCCAAAGAUGGAGCCAUUUGUUUUCAUUCCACUUCUGUUUCUCCUAAACCCAACUGUAAUUAUUAAUACACCUUCUUGCCUUGGCGCUCACCUCCUAAUUGCUGAACCAAACAGGUGUCAAAUAAUAGAAACCACCCAGUAAAUAAAAAUCAUGAAUGAACAGGCAUCCCGAGAAGAAGGAUCGGUGCCGCGGAUUCCACGGCAGAACGUGCCCACGGCUGAUUCAGGCCCAGGUCACCACUAACCGCGGACUCCACGGCAGAACGCGCCCACGGCUGAUUCAGGCCCAGGUCACUGCUAACCGCGGAUUCCACAGCAGAACGUGCCCACGGCUGAUUCAGGCCCAGGUCACCGCUAACCGCGGACUCCACGGCAGAACGCGCCCACGGCUGAUUCAGGCCCAGGUCACUGCUAACCGCGGAUUCCACAGCAGAACGUGCCCACGGCUGAUUCAGGCCCAGGUCACCACUAACCGCGGACUCCACGGCAGAACGCGCCCACGGCUGAUUCAGGCCCAGGUCACUGCUAACCGCGGAUUCCACAGCAGAACGUGCCCACGGCUGAUUCAGGCCCAGGUCACCGCUAACCGCGGACUCCACGGCAGAACGCGCCCACGGCUGAUUCAGGCCCAGGUCACCGCUAACCGCGGAUUCCACGGCAGAACGUGCCCACGGCUGAUUCAGGCCCAGGGCACUGCUAACCGCGGAUUCCACGGCAGAACGUGCCCACGGCUGAUUCAGGCCCAGGUCACCGCUAACCGCAGAUUCCACGGCAGAACGUGCCCACAGCUGAUUCAGGCCCGGAGCACCGCUAACCGCGGAUUCCACGGCAGAACGUGCCCACGGCUCAUUCAGGCCCGGAGCACCGCUAACCGCAGACUCCACGGCAGAACACGCCGAUGGCUGAUCCAGGCCCAGGGCACUGCUAACCGCAGAUUCCACGGCAGAACGUGCCCACGGCUGAUCCAGGCCCAGGGCACCGCUAACUGCGGAUUCCACGGCAGAACGCGCCCACGGCUGAUUCAGGCCCAGGGCACUGCUAACCGUGGAUUCCACGCAGAACGUGCCCACGGCUGAUUCAGGCCCAGGGCACCGCUAACCGCGGAUUCCACGGCAGAACGCGCCCACGGCUGAUUCAGGCCCAGGGCACCGCUAACCGCGGAUUCCACGGCAGAACGCGCCCACGGCUGAUUCAGGCCCGGAGCACCGCUAACCGCACUAGAGCGGGGAUUCUGAUUCCACAGGGAAGACACCUCAUCAGGUCGUACUGCUGGGGCGGCUUCAGAACGCAGCCCACGUGCUGCCCCGCGCGAGGGGCUGUUCUGUGCAGGCGGCGGAGUUAGGGGACACAAACACUGCAGGAACAAGCGUUCACCUCCAAACUCAGGUGUGAGCCGGGCGCGUGGCCAGCCGGCCAGCGUCGAACAGCUGUGUGGCACCCUCACGCCGCGGAGUCUUUUCAUUUUCUUGCGCUCUGGAGAGAGCAAGGCAGUAGGCCUGGACACUUGGGAGGGCACUUCCAGGAUUUCACCCCCAGUUUCUCAAAUGCCACUGGACUGUCACAGUUUUUUUUUUUUUUUUUUUUUUUUUUUUUUUUUU